GCUGUGCUGUCACUAUUUAGUCGUCAUUGCCGCUGGAAACCAAAAAAAAAUCCUCCUCCCCCUUUCUUUCUGAGAGAAACACGCAGAGGUAUUUCUAGAGAUGGGGAGAAAUCUCUGUUUCUCCUCCUAGAUCUUCCCACAAUCUCAAAACCCUAGGCACCGAUUUUCAUUUCCUUAAAUCUUUUCAAUUCUUUGUCGAAGAAGAAGAAGAAAUCAGAUUCGGAGAAGCUUCGGAUUCUUCUACAUUUUCAUUUGUAGAAGAAGACGAAGAAGGAGGAGGAAUUGAGAUUUUGUUUUUGUUGAUUGGAUUUGAAGAAAAAAUGGUUUAGGGAAGAAGAAGAAGAAGAAGAUUGGGAAAGGGAGAUUGGAAAAUGGAUGAUAGAGGUGGAUCAUUUGUUGCUGUUAGAAGGAUUUCACAAGGACUUGACAGAAGUACUGCUCACGGUUAUCAUUCUCCUUCUGCUGAUGUUGUGGCAGGAUCAGCUGCGUGGCUUGGUAAAGGUCUCUCUUGCGUUUGUGCACAAAGAAGAGAUAGUGAUGAUCGCCCGUCAUUUGAAUUAACUACAAAUCAGGAGGAGUGCUGGCGAAGAUUACAAAAGCGCAUCGAAGUGCCUUAUGAUGCUUUGAAUUCUGAUCACCAGGAGACAUUGAGGGCUUUGUGGGAUGCUUCAUAUCCUGGCGAAGAGCUUCACGGGUUAGUAUCUGAACAAUGGAAGGACAUGGGCUGGCAAGGAAAAGACCCAUCUACAGACUUCAGGGGUGGUGGUUUCAUAUCAUUGGAGAACUUAUUGUUCUUCGCAAGGUCAUACAAGAAAUCUUUUCAGGAUCUUCUCCGGAAGCAAGAAGGUGAUCGAGCGAUGUGGGAGUACCCAUUUGCAGUAGCUGGUGUCAACAUCACAUUCAUGCUAACUCAAAUGCUUGAUCUUGAAGCAGUCACACCACGGACAAUUGUAGGAGCGAUUUUCGCAAAGUUACUUUCAGAGAAUGAAAGGGCAUUUGACCUUCUCUACUGCAUUACGUUCAAGGUAAUGGAUCAGCAAUGGCUUGAGAUGCGCGCAUCUUACAUGGAUUUUAACACGGUGAUGAAGUCAACAAGGCGUCAGCUUGAAAAGGAAUUGUUGCUUGAUGACAUCACGAGCCUUGAAGACCUUCCAUCUUAUAGCUUCCUCCAAUAAUAGGACUAUAGAGCUGCAGUUCUGCUAACAAAAACCAGUAGAAACCAACCAUAUGGCAUUAUGAGAAGUUAGAUAAUAUAUGUUACAUAAUCUUUAGAGGCGUGCUAUCCAUUUUCCGUUGUUUUCUUCUUUUUUUUUUUGCUUUUCCACUGUCCCGUCUGCACCUUGUUUCCCAGCUGAUUUUCGACGUGCAUAUGUUUGCUGUCUUUUUAGUGUCUGUGUUUAGUUUUUACAGAGGUUGGUUGUGGUGGUAAUCUAAUACGCAGAAAUCAUUUUCCUGGGGUUCCACCCUCUGACAUUGGUGAUGAAGCUUGUAUAAAUUUCUGACUUUGGUUGUUGCUUUGUCAUGGAAAGAAACUUGAGAACGCUAACUGUUAACAUAGGAAAUGCAAUUACACAGUGUAUAAAUAAUAGACUGAUAAUAAUCUAACA